AUGAGUGUGGGGAGAGGCGACCUUUUCCCGGGCUCCGCGGAGCUGCCCGAGAAGGCAAUGGCGGAGCUCAAGUCUCUGUCCGGAGACACCUACCUGGCCUUAACCCAAGGUUACACAACGGCAUCUUUCCCUUAUGGCUCUGUCCGCGGUGCUGAAGCUCACCGGGGCUACAACACAUCGUCUGCCGGAGACUUUCAUGGGGCUUCUCUGGCUAAGGGAGGAGCAGCGGAAAGCAGCGGAGAGCAGAGCGGCGAUGAGGAGGACGCCUUUGAACCUAGAAAAAGGAGCCCUGGCUUCGACACCGACGCCAAACUCAAGGCGGGGACCCUGGCCAAGAAGCCCAAAGAGCAGCGCUCCUUGCGCUUGAGUAUCAACGCCAGAGAGCGGAGACGCAUGCACGACCUGAACGACGCUCUGGACGGGCUCAGGUCGGUCAUCCCCUACGCGCAUAGCCCGUCCGUGAGGAAACUGUCCAAAAUUGCUACACUUCUCCUAGCGAAGAACUACAUCCUGAUGCAGGCCCAGGCUCUCGAGGAGAUGCGACGGCUGGUAGCCUAUUUGAACCAGGGUCAGAGCCUCACCGGCCCUAUUCCGGCCGCAUUGACUCCCUUUGGCCAGGCCGCAGUAUAUCCCUUCUCAGGCACAGCACUAGCCGCCUGUCCCGAGAAAUGUGCUGCCUUCUCGGGUACUCCCUCUGCUCUUUGUAAGCACUGUAAUGAGAAGCCGUGA